AUGUCCUUUAAUCCGAGCUUGGAUGUGCCAGUGCUUGAUCACCCCCCAGACAAAGUCGGUGGCCCCGAGUCGACAGGCCUUGUGGGAUACACCUUCUUUUACACAUACCCAACCGGACUUUCAUACAAGAUCAGCUUUGACGAGAAGACUGCCUACUUCACCCUUCCACCAGGCGCACUAGCAGUCGAUGGGCGCUCGUUUCUCGGUGUGCCAUACAGGUGUAGAGAGCUUCGCCCUGAUCUCUUCCUGGCACACUGGAUGGUCCCUGGACGACAGGGUCACGUAGCGUUGGUUUUUGACCUUGCCAACAACCGCGUGGAUUGUGCCGCACUCAUGCCAGGCUUGUUUGAGCCUUUUGGCCGUACUUCAUUGAGCAAAAUAUGGCGAAACGGGGAGAACGCCAUUCAGAUUACCGAAGGCCAGAAGUAA